ACCGAGAAAAUGAGUUUGGUAUCUGAUUGUAUAGGCGGCCAUGCAAGGCAAUCAACUCCCAUUGUUGAGUUGAAAUCAACAGUGACUUGUGAGCCGACUUACGGAUUCUUGCCAUGCACAACAGAGAUAUGGGGACAGCUGUUUCUGAUUGUGGUGUAUGAGUAUUUGUUGUCCCUUGGUGAUCAAUAUGUUGCAGCUGGAUCAGAGCUCUUCUUCAAGAUCAUAGGACCUGGUAUUUUUGGUGCUAGUUUAUUCCAAGUACUCGGCACAAUCCCAGUUGUGGUAUUAAUGCUAGUGUCUGGACUUUCUGCAAGCUAUGAAAGUGUUGCAGAACAGGCUGCUAUGGGAAUGAGCAUGCUUGCAGGAGCAGCAGUCAUGCAAUUGACACUAGUCUGGGGCUCUUGCGUUGCUUUUGGCAGCUUCGAUAUCUCGAAGACUUCAACUUCAUCAAAUACAGAACAAAAGAAACCAUUUAGUCUAACGGGUUUGGGUGUUAAGACUGAUGCUGAUACUAGCAAAACAGCUAAAGUCAUGAUGAUAUCCAUGGUUCCGUUUCUCAUUCUCCAACUACCAAAAAUCCUGAAUUCAUCUUCCGGGACACGAGUCACAGUACUUGUUACGCUUAUUGUUACGCUUGCUUUCCUAUUUGUUUACUGCUUCUACCAGGUAUUCCAGCCAUGGAUUCAGAACAGGAAAUUUGAGUAUUUGAUGCGCAAAUAUGUGAAGGACAAGUUACUAAAACUCCUCUCUAGUCAUGGCAAUCCUAAUGUAGCACUUAUAAAAGAGAUAUUUCAUGAAAUCGACAAGAAUAAUAAUGCAUACAUAUCAACAGCAGAACUGAGAGUGCUAAUCUUAGGAAUACAGUUACAAAAUAAGGUUGGAUUGAAUACGGACAACACUCUCGAAAAGGUCAUGGAAGCAUUUGAUUCCUCUGGCGAUGCUCGUAUUGAAGAGGCAGAGUUUGUGAAAGGAAUUUCAAAAUACAUAUCUGAUGCCAAGCAAUCUCUUGACACUGAAAACCAUAACCAUUUUAAACUUCCUAGUAAAACUAGUAAGAAUACUGGGGAAGAAGGGCAGGGGUUGGUGGCUCAGAAGGAGGACACUACUCCGAGUGCUAGCAUUUCUUGGUGGACUUAUUUUCAGGCUGCAUUCCAAUUGCUUUUCGGAACUGCUAUACUACUCCUCCUUGCACAACCCCUCAUAGAAACCGUAUCAGAUUUUUCUACUUCUGCAAAUAUCUCUUCAUUUUAUGUCUCCUAUGUUGUGAUACCCUUGGCUAUGAACUAUAGAAUGGCAAUGGGAACAAUUAAAUCUGCCAGACAGAAGACACAAAAAGCAAUUUCCUUAACAUUGUCUGAGAUUUAUGGAGGGGUGUUCAUGAACAACAUGAUGGGGUUAGCCAUGUUUUUAGCACUUGUUUAUAUUCGCGAUCUGUCGUGGGACGUCUCGGCUGAAGUUCUGGUAGUUCUAGUAAUCUGCACACUGAUGGGUGUCUUUGCUAGUUUCUGCACCAAAUUUCCACUCUGGACAAGUUUUGUGGCAUAUCUUCUUUACCCCAUUUCUCUACUGCUGCUAUAUGUUCUUGUCACUGUGCUUGGAUGGUCUUAGACUUGCAAUUCUCAUACUACUACAAUAAGAUGUGGCAAUACAUGUAAUUCCAAAGGAAUUUAUUAAAUUCAAUAAAUGAGAUUAAAUCA